AGACACUGGGGGAAACAGAAAGCCCAUACUCAGAAAAAAGGAAAGAAAAAAACAUGAUACGUUUCUGAGAGCUGGGUUUUAUGGAAUCCUGCAAAUGCUGGCAGGAGUGAAGCCCUGAGUACAUUUCUAGGGCAGCAUCGCUGAUCUUCAUCAUCCCACGCCGUGUGAGUACAGUACCAUUCUUCUAGCUCAUUUUCGCUGAAAAGCUGUACUAUUUUAUACCUUUCUUUCCUACUUUUAUGAUUAAUGGUUUGGAGUUGUCUUGAAAUGGGAUGUGUAUGAAUGGGUUUCGUGAGGUUGAUUGGUUUCAGAUCCGUAUUCUAUUCUGUCACAGUUCUAUGCAAGAAAUUGACUGGUACAUCCAGUUGUUGGAAAAGGAACGCUAGAUUAAAAGCAAUGAUCCUGUGUGUGAUGUUCCAUUAAUUUGUUACCCGGUACUAGACUGUCAAGAAUGACGCACGAAGUCGAAACAUUUUACCCAAUUUGAAGGCCUCCAGAUUGAAAUCCUUGCUGUAAACAAAGGAUCACACCAAAGUUUUCUGUGGCACUGAUUUCUUUCUCCACUGGUUCAUUUAAGGAACCGCCAUUGUGGAGAUCAAUACAAAGGGGCUCAGUUUUUGGGGAAGAAUUCCUUCCUUCCCCUCAGGUUUAGUUGAGGUUCAGAAACAACUAUUUUUGAAGAUCAAUUCAAAGGAGUUGGGUUUUGUGGGCAGGUGAAUUUCCGUAAGUAUGAUAAAACAGAUAUUGGGUAGGCUUCCUCGAAAGCCUUCCAAGUCAUCUGAGAACAAUGAAGCAGGAGGGAACCCUGCCACUAAUGCUUCCCCAGCGGCCAUGGCUUCGCCCUCUAACCCCUCUAACAACUUACGAGGCAAUGGUGGUAAUUUCAGGGCAUCAAAUGUCACGACUGCUUCUCGCGGUAGUAAUGCAGGCCCCACAUUGUCAAACUCAUUAGCAGGGUCCAGGUCUAACCAUGGGAAAAAGCCAAACUCAAUUGUUCCAAAUGCCAACAAUAACACCACCUUCGGUUCCUCUGCGUACGAAGCAUUGCCUGGUUUUAGAGAUGUUCCAAGCUCUGAAAAACAAAACUUAUUCAUAAGGAAGCUGAACAUGUGUUAUGUUGUGUUCGACUUUUCGGACCCUGCAAAGAAUGCGAAGGAGAAAGAUGUGAAGAGGCAGACAUUGCUCGAGCUCGUUGACUAUGUGACUUCUGCAAGUGGGAGGUUUACUGAGGUCUUGAUGCAAGAGAUCACAAAAAUGGUGGCUAUCAAUUUAUUCAGGACCUUUCCUUCUUCAAACCAUGAAGGUAAAGUACCAGAUGCCUAUGAUGGUGAAGAGGAAGAGCCAACUAUGGACCCUGCAUGGCCACACUUGCAAAUUGUGUAUGAAUUCUUGUUAAGGUUUAUUGCCUCGACUGAGACUGAUGCCAAGUUGGCAAAGAGGUACAUCGAUCACUCAUUUGUUUUGAGAUUGCUUGAUCUUUUUGACUCUGAAGACCCUAGAGAGAGAGAGUACUUGAAAACCGUACUACAUCGAAUCUAUGGGAAGUUCAUGGUGCACCGCCCCUUCAUUCGUAAGGCUAUCAACAACAUAUUUUACCGAUUUAUUUUCGAGACGGAAAAGCAUAAUGGGAUUGCCGAAUUGCUAGAGAUUUUGGGCAGUAUCAUCAAUGGGUUUGCUUUGCCAUUAAAAGAAGAGCACAAACUUUUCCUUGUUCGAGCUCUGAUUCCUCUUCAUAAACCAAAAUGUGUUUCCAUGUAUCACCAACAACUCUCUUAUUGCAUCACUCAAUUUGUUGAAAAGGAUACCAAGCUCGCAGACACUGUGAUUAGGGGUUUGUUGAAGUAUUGGCCAAUUACAAAUAGCUCCAAGGAGGUCAUGUUCCUGGGAGAGCUGGAGGAAGUUUUGGAAGCGACUCAGAGUGCAGAGUUUCAGCGAUGCAUGGUGCCUUUGUUUCGUCAAAUUGGGCGCUGCCUUAACAGUUCACACUUUCAGGUGGCUGAGCGUGCUUUGUUUUUGUGGAACAAUGAUCACAUCCUUAGCUUGAUCACUCAGAAUCGCAGGGUCAUACUGCCCAUCAUUUUCCCAUCCCUUGAGAGAAACACGAGAAAUCAUUGGAACCAAGCGGUUCAGAGCCUAACUUUGAAUGUGCGGAAGAUAUUCACAGAUGUGGAUUAUGAACUUUUUGAGGAGUGCCUUCUCAAGUUUCAAGAAGACGAAGUCAAGGAGAAAGAGAUGCAUGAGAAGCGAGAAUCUGCAUGGAAGCGUUUGGAGGAUGUUGCUGCUUCAAAAGCCGUCAGUAAUGAAGCUGUUCUUGUAUCACGCUUUAUGUCCUCCGUAAGCAUGCCCACAGCUGCUAGUCCAAGAACAGCUGUUGGGGGUUGAUGUUUUUUGAACCCCACAACUAUGGUGGUGUUCUCCCUUUUCUUUGGGUCUCAUAUGAUGCAUAGCGGAAAGAAAAAAUGUGGGUCGCAUGUCAUUUGGCCAACUAUCCAAUCCGUGAUGUAAAGGAUGAUUUGGUGUUUGUCUUCUUUGGUUGA